UACAUCAACUGUGGUAACCUGGAGCAGCUAUUAGACAGUAACCAGCAUCUGCCCUGGACAGUGAGAGUGAAACUGGCAUUUGACAUUGCUAUGGGAAUCAGUUAUCUUCACUAUAAAGGCAUUUUCCACCGAGACCUUACAUCCAAGAACUGCUUGAUAAAACAUGAUGAGAAUGGAUACUCGGCAAUAGUGGGAGACUUUGGUUUAGCAGAGAAAAUUCCUGAUCACAGUGAGAAGUUACCAGUGGUGGGUUCCCCCUUCUGGAUGGCACCAGAAGUUCUGAGAGAUGAACCUUACAAUGAAAAGGCAGAUGUGUUCUCCUAUGGCAUAAUUCUGUGUGAGAUUAUAGCGAGGAUACAGGCAGACCCCGACUAUCUCCCUCGCACAGAGAAUUUUGGAUUAGAUUAUGAUGCCUUCCAGCACAUGGUGGGAGACUGUCCCCCUGAUUUCCUCCAGCUGGCCUUCAACUGCUGUAACAUGGAUCCAAAGUUGCGUCCUUCAUUUACUGAUAUUGUCAAAACACUGGAGGAGAUUUUAACCCGCCUGAGAAAUGAAGACUCAGAGAGAGAGAGAGAAAGGAAGUUUUUGAACCUUGACAGCAGUGAAAGAAAACCCAAAGGAUCAAUUGAAAAAGGACCAGGAGUAAAACGUUUGAGUUCCCUGGAUGAUAAGAUCCCACCCAAGUCACCCCGUCCGCGUCGGAAUAUCUGGCUGUCACGCAGCCAGUCGGACAUCUUCUCCCGCAAGCCUUCCAGGAAGAUAAACGUGCAGGACCCCUACUACACGCCAAACAAAGGGUUAGGCCGGAAAGUGAAUCCCUUCAGUGCCCGGGAGGACCUCAAAGGGGGGAAGAUCAAGUUCUUUGACAUGCCAAGCAAGUCUGUGAUUUCCCUGGUGUUUGACUUGCAUUCUCCAGAGGCGGGUGGAGGCCUGAAAGCCAGCCAGUCCCAGUUCCGGCAGGCAUACAGCACAGACUGGCAAGAGCUUUCCCUCUUCCCUGGGAGGAGAUGCAGAUCGCUUCCUCUCUCUCCCGAGCUGCCCCACAAGGAGUAUGGCCUGUUUGGGGGACUGUCCUCAACUGUGGGCAGGUGUGACCCAGCCCUGCUAGGUGCAGAGGUUCGGCAAAAACUCCUGAGUAGCAGUAAAUACGGUGUGUCAGAGAUUCCUCCCUUUCAAGCCAAGCCUCACAGGCCAGAAUUUCUUCCUGUACCAGGACAAGAAGAGGAUAUGGACUGUUCGGAUGGGCCAGUGGCCCAGGAGGAAAAUGGCUUUUGCCCUGUUGAGAACACCUGUGGAGAUCCAGCACGUAAUCAACACUUAGGGCUGGCCCAGCCUGAGCCACUCUCUUACAAAAAGCUCCCAGUUGAGAAUUCAGUGAACUCAGAGGGACAUGGCUCCUCACAAGUGUUUGCAGGUUGUUUCCCUUCUGAAGAGAUGGAGGUGGAAGAUGACCUCCUGAAAAAUAUUCCGCUAGAGUCUACAAAGCCUCUGUUCAGUGUUAGUCCUUCCACAGGGCUGAAGAGAGAGGUGUGGCCCUUCAGGGAGCAGGAUGGGGACAGUCCUGCCCCUUUGACCCAGACCUCCUCCUCCAGCAUCUCAGCAAGUGGCAGCACACAGUCAUCUUGUGACAUAUGA